AUGAAGAAAAAUGAUACAACAUCGAUGAUAAGUAAACCAAAGUUAGAUGGAUCAAAAGAUUUUAAAAUAGCAAGUACGUCAGUUUCCCCAAAAGUUUUAACAGAAAAAAUCAAUGAAGACAUUACAAAAUCAAAUUUUAAAAAUAGAUGGGAAACAUUUGGUACUCACCUAAUACGAAAUAUACCACCAAAGUCAAGAAUAAAGGAUGGAAAAGUGAAAAUAGCAGCAUUUGAUCUAGAUAGUACCCUAAUUGAAUCAAAAUCAGGUAAUAAGUUUUCAAGAGGUCCAUCAGAUUGGAAAUGGUGGGGAAAUCAUAAAACCAAAAUACCUCAAAAAUUAAAACAAUUGCAUAAUGAUAAUUACAUUAUAGUAAUCUUCACAAAUCAAGGUGCUGUAGUAGUGAAUAAUAAUAGUAAAUCAUACAACAACUUAAAAGAGAAAAUAAACUUAAUUCAAAAUGAUCUAAUAACAAAUUAUCAAAUUGAUGAAAUUCACGUAUUUGCAUCACCUAAAAAACCCGUAAAGGGAAUAACAUCAACUGAUGAACAGCAUCAGAAGUCAAGAAAACCAGAGAUUGGAAUGUGGGAAAACCUAGAGACAGAAUUAAACAAAAACAAUCAAACAAUUGAUUACCCCAAUAGUUUUUAUGUUGGUGAUGCUGCUGGUAGAAAAAACGAUUUUCUGGAUAGUGAUUUAAAAUUUGCAGAAAAUGCGAAAUUAAGGUUUAUGACUCCUGAAGAGAUGUUCCUUUAUGAUGAUGAAGAUGGCUCAAAAAAUAAAGAGGAAUAG